AUGUCUGAAAGCCUCCAUCCAGUCUUCCGCAAGGGAGCUACUGCUCUCAUCAGCGGAGCAGCUUCUGGAAUCGGUCUGGCGACGGCGCAUUUCUGUUAUUCUCGCGGCAUGAACCUCGUUCUUCUCGAUGUCAACGAGCAUUCACUACUUGAAGCAACUAGCCAGCUUCCGUCAACUUCGGGAAUCAGAACAUCGAUGUUCCACCUAGACGUUGCGGACGCCAAGGCCUGGAAGGUCCUGCAACAGGGCAUUUCGACAAUGCACCCCUCCGGAAUCGACUUUCUCAUGCUAAACGCUGGGUGCAGUGUCGAGCCGGAGGCUGGGAAAACCGCCUGGCAAGAUCCGGAGUAUUUCUCGCGCACGCUUGCCGUCAACACAUUAGGCUACACGAAUGGCAUCGCAGCCUUACUCGACACCAUGAAAAAUGGGACGGAAUCAAAACCACGCGCCAUCGUCCUAACUGGCUCCAAGCAGGGAAUCACCAAUCCCCCCGGUAACCCAGCCUACAACGCCUCCAAAGCCGCAGUGAAAUCUAUCGCCGAACAACUAUCCUACCAUCUCCACUCCGACCAUCCUGAAAUCAGCGUCCACCUCCUCGUUCCCGGCUGGACGUACACGGGCUUCAGCGCCGGUCGGUUCCCGUCCAAGCCGGAUGGCGCGUGGGCACCGGAGCAGGUUGUUGAGUAUAUGAACCGGAAAAUGGUGGACGGCGUGUUUUAUAUCAUCUGCCCGGACAAUGAAGUGACCGAGGUGUUGGAUCGGAAGCGGAUUAUGUGGUCGGCUGGGGAUAUCGUGUAUGAACGGCCGCCGUUGUCGCGGUGGAGGCCGGAGUGGAAGGAUACGGCGGCGAUGGAGAUUAGGGAUAGAAUUACUUUGUAG